GAUUCGUUUUGUGUUAUUGUGUUGACUCUUCUGGUUCUCUUGAACGACUUUAGUCUGAACAUUCUUUGUCGACUGCAACGUUAUCAUGCAUUAUCAGGUAAUCAAUGAAAACCCAAUGCUAUUCUCACGCGGCUUGUAUUAUGGCAUCACUAUUGCAAUUGUGUCCUUCGCGACUGGAAUGACAGUACUAACACUGAACAUCCACCACAAAGGAACACGAGGCUACGAGGUGCCUAUGAUCCUUAAAAAAAUAUGCUUCGGUGUUGUCGCCAAAAUCUUAUUUAUUAAACUUGAAGUACCUUUGGGUUCUAAAGAAUCGAUGCCUGCAGCCCCUGUAGCGGAUUAUUAUAGACGCUUUGAUACCGACAAACUUCCUGAAAAUGGCCGACUUUCCCCAAGGUUUAUUCGCAAAUUGAAUCCAUCGGCUUCGGCUACAGCCAGCGAGACUUUCGAAAGGCAAUUCAUGCGUGUCCUCCAAAAAGUCUAUCAAACCAUUGAACGCAAUGAAAUGAGACUGGCUGAGCAAGACCGACGUGACCUCAUCAAACAGGAAUGGCAACAGCUGGCCUUGAUUAUAGACAGAGUACUUCUCCUUAUAUUUCUAGGACUCACAAUAACCGUAACUUUAACAGUUUUUUUCCAAGGACCUUGAAAUAAUGUUUUUAAAAUUCUAUUGGAGUAAAAAUGAAAAGAAAAAUAUAAAUUCAUGGUCUAAUUGUGGGACAAUGCACCUAAAUUGCUAGAGGAAGUUUUAUGUCAGUCACCAAAACUGGGCUUCUUAAGUAUACAAGAAAGGAAUACAUACGCAAGAACAUGAGAAAGUUUUGGUUUGUUAAACAGCCAUGAGGCAUCCACACAAAUUCUUACUCGUUAAGAAUGCAAAAUGAAUAUAGUUCUUAAUAAUUAUGUUAUACAGUUAGAAUUAUUAUUACUAUGACUAUCAUCAUCCUCAUGUUUAUUUUUAAUUAUUUUUUAAUAUUAAUAUUAAUAUUGCUGUUAUUGUUGUUUGAUUUCUAUGUUUCCUUUCCAACUAUGACUAGAACCACCUUUAGUUACAGCAUUACUGGUCACGUAUGUUAUAAAAUUUCAAUCAAUGAAAAAAGAAACUUCAAAAAAGAAAGAAGGAAACAAUGAUGUCAUUUUAUUAACCAUGUUUUUAGUUUAUUGUUAUAUAUUAAACAGAUUGUUAAAAUUUAACGAAAAAUACAGCUUCGGAAACUUGUGGGAAGUUUGAAAAGUAACAAAAAAUUAAGAGUGGACAAAUCAUUGCUCGUAAAACUUAGAUAACUAAAGUUAAAAUUUUUCGCUGAAUUAAACAAAAUAUGAAUUCAUAAAGAUAAACAAUUCUCAAAAUUUAUGGACAUUUUUCGAUGUUGAACAAGAAUUGUGAAUAAAAUGUCAGUAAAUAAAAAAUGGAGUAAUAAUAUGAUUUAACAGGCCAAAAUUAGGUCACUUUACAGAGAGAGCGAAAACAAUGAACAUUGUUUGUUUUUCAACUAAUUUAAUAAUUUUUUAAUUAUCAUUAUUAUAUUUUCGUUUCCACAUUCACCAAUUUUCAUUAUAUUUCUUUUAAAAGCGUUAUGUGAAAGAAAGACAGCAGUUAAAAACGGAGAUAAAACACAAUCCAUUUAAAUCAACGAGAUAAUAGUAAUAAUAAUAAUAAUAAUAAUAAUAAUAAUAAUAAUAAUAAUAAUAAUAAUAAUAAUAAAUUCAUUUAUAGAACGUGUUGAACAUGUUUGCAUUUCUCGAUAUACAUAGAACUACAAUAAUAUAUAUAGCAGUGUCAUAGAUACAAUGUACCAGUGAAAUGUGUAGGUUAUCGUUUUAACUGUAAAUUUACAUCAUUAUUAACUGAAAAACCACACGGUGAAGAAUCGCUUUGCAACUAUGUUAUUUCCUCUCCUUCUCUAUCUCUCUUUCCCUUUCACACUCUCUUUCUCACUCCCUCUCUCCACUUAUCUCUCUUUAUCUUUUUUUUGUAUUCCCUAAUUCCUUAUUUCUUUUUAAGUACACAUCGACGUGAAAUUCUGAAUUACUAAAUUAAGAAUGAUAUUUACUUCUUCAUCAAGUUAAUUUCUUACAUUAACAGCAUUGCCAUCAUCAUCGCCACCAUUACAAGUAUAGAAGACACGAUUACAACUAUAAUUACUUUCAUCGUAAAUACUUCCUCUUUCGUCCUUCCUCUCCUGAAGUACAUAUUAUCAUCAGUUACGAAUCCCACAUCAUCUUUGACAAAACUAACGAUAAUAUACAUGUUGUCGGUCAUCAUGCUCAUACAAUAGUAAUUCCACUGGUACUAUAUAUUAGGUCAUUAGUGUAACGGUUAUUCAUAUUAAUAUUUAUCACAAUUGUCAGUAUUUUGAAAGAAACUGAGAUUCCAAUAACUAAAUAUUGUUAGAUACUCUUAGAAUGAUUUCUAUGACUAUGCAUAACUGUAUAGGCAACCUGAAGUUUUCUUUGUAUCACAUAUUAAUCUCCUUAAAGGAUAUAAACGCCUAAGCCUUAAUCUUUAAAUGUGAGAUUUUAGAAAGUAAUAAGCGUGUACACAUAGAUCUAUAUAAGUGUUUGUAUAUAAAUGUGUAGGUGUGCUUUAUAUAGCGUGUAUUUGACGUUAUAGAAAACACCUAAUAGAUAUUUAAUGGACGAUCUCAAACGGGAGUGCAUUAUUUUCUAAUAGGGAUAACAUGAAGUCAUUUUUGUUGCAAUGGAAUCGGAUAAACUUUGACGGAUAGGCUGGUACGUUAUUGUGGAUAAGAGAAUAAAAACUAUAGAACCAAGACUAUAUCUUAGAUAAGGCAUUUCUUAGCAAUAUGCAGAUAUAACUAUUUGCAUCAAAACCUAGCACUUUAUGUAUCUAACUGCGGUGGAGUAACGUAUGUAGUCAGAUUUGGCUGAAUCAAAACAUUCGAACGGUAGGGAAAUUUUGCUAGUUUUUUGAGCAGCCAAUUACCAACACCCGCUCUUUAUUGAGAAGGUAACUGAUAUUCGAAUGUGAUUUUCUAGUAGAGCGUUAUCAAUACCCGGUCUAACUAGUUCCUCUCAGACAUAUCACAUAUACAAGGGUUACGUCGGAAUAUGCACAAAUUCUAUGUACAUUUCAAAGAUUUUCUCAUGCUCUAUUUUAGAAUUCUAGUAUGUUAUCCGAGUUAAAAAUGCUCUUUAAAAGAUUGGAAUUUUUUAUAUUGCUAGAUAUAAGGCAGGUUUUUAAACAUGUAUCUCACAAAUUCCUUAAAUAGCUGUGAAUGGGUUAGAAUGGAAAGUAAAAUAUGAAAAAAUAAUACAAACGGAAGAAGAAGAAGAAGAAGAAGAAGAAGAAGAAGAAGAAGAAGAAGAAGAAGAAGAAGAAGAAGAAGAAGAAGAAGAAGAAGAAGAAGAAGAAGAAGAAGAAGAAGAAGAAAGGAUGAUGACGAUGAUGAUGAUGACCAUGACGACAGUGACGACAACGACAACGACAAUUAUGAUGAUGAUGAUAAUAGUGAGAAUGAUGAUGACAGACGUAAUAGCUGUUGUUUUGGUGGCGGCCGUGAUCAUGAAGGUGUGAAAGGGAGGAGACGGCAGUAAGGAAAAUGAUAUAGAUGACAAUCAUGCAUGAUGUAGGUGGCGUAAAAUUUGAAAAACCAAUGAGAUACAACAAGACAGAAGAGAGGAAGGACGGUGACGAUGAUAACGACAGUGGUGCUUAUAAUGAUGAUGACAGAGAUAAUAUUGAUGAAAUUUAUGAUGACGACAAGUAUAAGUAUGGUAUAUUGAUGCCUAGAAAGCUUAAAUAUUUUAAUAUGAAUAGAAAUAUUUCUAAUAGUGAGAAACGCUGUUGUACUGAUUUCUGCUUGAAGAGAUAUGACAUCACUCACAGUAUAUUUAGAAAAAGGCAUUAUUAACGUUAGAACAUGUCAAAUAGUGAUAAAAAAAUGGUUUAGGGGAAGAAUGCAAUAUCUCUAAUAGUAUUCAUAAUGGAUUUCAGCAUGUCCUUAAACACACACAGAUAUAGAUACGCAUGUAAUAAUAAUAAUAAUAAUAAUAAUAAUAAUAAUAAUAAUAAUAAUAAUAAUAAUAAUAAUAAUAUUUCUUAUUAAUUACUGAAUUAUGAACAUCACGAUCAUCAUCAUUAGAAAGAUAAAGACGAUAUAGAUUGAUUAAUAUGAUCUAUACGAUAACUAGUACGGAAGUAUUGAAGAUGUCGAUAUAUCAGUGAUAUAUGUAAUGGGGAUCUGAUGAUCAAUCAGCCUUUCAUGUAUGAUGAUGAUGAUGAAUUUUGUUAUCACGAUGACAAAAAUGAUAUUGAUAGAUUUCGUCUUGAUCAUCGUCAUAAUCUUCAUCAUCAUCACUAUUAUUAUAAUUUGGUCAUAGGAAUAACUGUAAAGAGAGUCAGUGGGAUGAGGAAAAACUUAUACGUUCGAAGCCGAAAUUUUGAAAUAUCCGCAAUAUAGUUUACUUACCACGGAAACAUCAUUUUUGCUAAUCCAUUAUUGUGGAGAUUAUUAUUAUUAUAACUAUUAUAAAUAUUAUUAUUAAUUUUAUUAUUAUUAUUAUUAUCAUUAUUAUGAUUAUUAUCAUUAUUAUUUUUAUUAUCAUCAUCAUCAUCAUCAUCAUCAUCAUUAUUAUUAUUAUGAUUAUUAUUAUUAGUGUUAGUAUUAUUAUCAUCAUCUUAUACAAAUUGAUUUCAUUGUUACUAUACCGUUGUUUUUAGCCGUCGUGUUAUUUUUGAAGUCGUUGUUGUUUGUUAUUAUCAUUAUCAUUACCAUUAUCGUUAUCGUUAUGAUUAUUAUUAUUAUUAUUAUUAUUAUUAUUAUUAUUAUUAUUAUUAUUAUUAUUAUUAUUAUUAUUAUUAUUAUUAUUAAACUUUAUAAAUGUAAUCCAAUAUAUAAAUAAUAUUGUUAAUAAUUAUAGUAAUUAAAUUAUCCCGCUUCCAAUUGUUUCCUUUUCAUAUAAUUCUUUUCUUUCAUUUUUUCCCUAAAUCAAGGCUGCAGAGGUGCCGCACAUCAGAGAGGAAUAUUAAUUUAAUACUCCACAGAAUAUUUUUCUCAGUAACUCUUACGUUCAGAGUUCAAUAUCUAAAGAAACAAUAACUAUUCUUUUCAUACUGCGAGAAUCAUUGAAAUAGGUUUCUCCAAAUUAAGUUACAGCGAACUGAGACAAUAUUUGAACAAAGAACUACAUACAGAAGAAGUCUUAUCCCAAUAACUAAUGUAACAAUUAACAUUUUGACCACUAAUUAUAAUAAUGAGAAUAUAACUGAUAAUAAUAUUACUGUUGAUAAUAAUAUUGUUACGCUUAAUAUAGUUGCUGUAGAUUUCGUUAUUUAAUGGUUACUGAUAAAAUUUACUUAGCUGAAAUAGUGACAAUCAUCAUAGAAAAUUGACAAGGUGAUGUACUAUCGCUACAGGAUGCUGUAAAAGGAGGAACAGUUUCUUCUUUUCAUAUUUGCAUCAUCCACAAAAUAUAUCUACUUCUAUAGUUCUUCUACUACUAUGAAAAACAGUGUGUCUUGUAUAUUUUCACACAGGAAUACACGCACACACGUGCGCACGCACGCACACACACACACACACAUACACACGCUCAUAUACAUAUAUAUAUAUAUAUAUAUAUCUAUAUAUAUAUAUAUAUUAGUAAUAUUAGUAUUCAUAUACAAAUUCGUAUACUCGCACGCCAAUAUAUUAUCCCAUACAAGUAUAAAGUCAUGAAUAUACUUCUACGUAAAUCAUACAGACCUACAUAUCUAUCGACAUUUAUCGACAAUUAGGUUUUAUAUGUAGUAGCACGCACCACCAUAUUUUAUUAUAUUUAUAAGCAAUUUCUGAAAUAAUAUUUGUAUAUGUAUAUAUGUAUGUGUGUAUGUGUGUGUAUAUAUAUAUAUUAUAUAUAUAUACAAACACACACGUAUAUAUAUAUAUAUGUAUUUAUAUGCAUGUGUGCGCGUGGGCGUGUGUAAAUGUCCCUGUGCCAUAUUUAUGUUACAUUUUUAAUUAUAUGUUGGAUUUAAAAUUAACAUUACAUGAUGAUGAUCGCUUUUUGUUUUCUAAACGCUUCUUUGUGUUUUAUCUCUAUUUAGUGUUCUAAAUGAACCUUCGUUUUGCAAGAAACUUUACAGAAUUAUUUUAAAUGAAAUAUUAUGAUGAUUUUUGACAGCAUUGUAAAAUCAUAAAAUGUUACAUAAAAUAGACCAUGGAUUCUGUCCGAUUCGAAUAUGAUCAUGGCCUCGCAAUAUUAAUAUCAAUGCCAUUAAUAUUGGAAAGAAUUACAAACCAAAGAAAAAGCGGGUGCGACAAACGCGUAUGGCAAAAACUUAAAUUGUAAUUUACAUGUUGUGAGUAAAAUGUAAACGCCAUUGUAAAAUGAAGAGACGCCAUCUUUGUGACAUAUAGAUGUGAUUUUUUACACGCCAAAGAAUGUAAAAAAAAAAAGAAA